AUGAAAAAAAUUUGUUUUAUCAAGGAUAAAGUGACACAACAGCCGUUUAUUGAACAAGAUACAAAGAAAUCAACGUCUAACAACAGUGCUAGCAAUGGUGUUACCGUUGCUGUGACUGAAACAGUAUCUUCUCGUCCACAAACUGUUCAAGAUUGUUCACAAGAUAUUAACAAACGAAUACAGGAUUUAAUUCGUGAAACGAAUGAACAAAAACAAAUGUUAAAUCAGCUAGAAUUGGAGGAGAUUCAUGAGACACUCAAUGAAGAAUUAGAUUCAUGGAAACGUCAAAUGUAUGAUCGUAUAGCGUUGAUGCAUGAUAAAAUACUCGAUGAAAGUAAUUCAUCUUACGAUCAACUCUAUUGUUUUAAACAAACAAUACAACAUAUUUUGAAUGAUCAUUUAAUUCAACAAAUACAAAAAAUUGCAAAAAAAACAGAUGAUGAAUUGAAUGAACAAGAUCUGGAUGAAAUCGAAUCAAAAUUUAUACAACUAAAAGAUGAAAUAAACAUUAUUAAAGAAUUGGAUUUACAACUCGAUAGUCAACAAGUGAAAAUUGUUGGAGAAUUAAAUAUAGUCAAAUUAACGGAUUAUGGCCUCAAAAAAACGACAAACCAGGAACAAUCACCGCGUCUACGAAAAGAAACAGCAGUAUGGUCAAAUAGUUACAAUAAAAAUCCAAUAAAUCGUAGUCAACAACAACGAGAUCCCACUCUGUCGCCGCUAACAGCUUCUCAACCACCCAUCCCUUCUAAUUGGAAUGUAAUUGAUAAUGAUGCAAUGCAUUUUCGUUUCUUAGUGACACGCCAAGUUGUUAAAAAACUAGAGGAAAUUAAUCUUGAUCAAACUUCGCCAGUUGUUCAACUUUCACCCUCAUAUUCACUCUCAUCGCAUAUUUCCGAAUAUGUUUUGGCAAUAAUAAAUCAGAAUGAUUUGCAGAUAUGUAUGGAAGUAUUAUCUGAAUUUAUGCCGUUAUUAGUUCAAUCAUCUGAAUCCUAUGAAUUACGCGUCUUAUUUCAUGAAAUGUACAUUUCAUAUAUAUGUGGUAAUCUCGGUGAACGUUUACGUUAUUUAAAAGAAAAAUAUCAAUUAUAUGAAAUUAAAAUAUUUCCACAAUCGUGUCCAAAAUCAAAAGAACGAAUUUUAUCAUUAUCAUGUCAAAAAUAUGAACAUAUAGUCAAUUGUUUACAAGAAAUCUAUCAAAAUACAUUGAACAAAUUUCGUGAUCAUGGUAAAGAACAAAUGCGCUUAUACAACCCUCAAAAUUAUGACAAAACAUUGCGUUCAGAAUAUGGAGGUUAUGAAGAUGAUGAAGAUAAAUUAUUGACCAGAGCAACUGCACGAACACUGAUAUCUAGUGUUUAUAAUCCAAAACCAAAUACUGAACCAAAUUAUGAUGAUACAGAUAGCGAAGAUUAG